CUGCAGCGUCCUUACGUAGAGACGUUUAGCAACGGUCAGUUGCUAAAGGAAAGCCAGCCGCUUCCGUGUUGUUCUUGUGUUAUUCUGGUUAAAAACAGUCGUUAGCGCAGUUGGAGCUGACCUGACAGCCUCUCUGUGCGGUUAUUGGUAUGGUUCUUUGAAGCUUAGAGACAUUUUCAGCUCUUUUCUUCCGAAAUGUCGCUGUUGCAGAGCUCCAAGAAGAAAGACAAGCGCAUUCUGUGCGGUACCUGCCCGGACCCAAAAUGCCAGGCGCGGCUCUUCUUCCCCGCUCACGGCUCCAUCAGUAUCGAGUGUACGGAGUGCGGCCAGCGGCACGAGCAGAGCAGCCUGCUGAACGUGGAGGAGGUCACCGACCCGGACGUGGUGCUCCACAACCUGCUCAGAAACGCCCUGCUCGGCGUCACCGGGGCCCCGAAGAAGGGGACCGAGCUUGUGAAGGUGAUGGGGCUCUCCAACUACCACUGCAAGCUGCUGUCCCCGGUGCUGACCCGCUACGGUAUGGACAAACAGACCGGUAAAGCCAAACUGCUGAAAGACAUGAACCAAGGGGAGAUCUUUGACUGCUCCCUGCUCGGGGACCGUGCCUUCCUGAUAGAACUGGACCAUGUAACUACCAUGGGGUACGGUAAAGACCGAUCUGGGAGCCUGAUCUACCUCCAUGACACCCUGGAGGAGAUAAAGAAGGCAAAUAGCAACAGAGAGUGUCUUAUUCCAGUACAUGUGGAUGGAGAUGGACACUGUCUGGUCCAUGCUGUUUCUAGAGCCCUAGUGGGCAGGGAACUGUUCUGGCAUGCACUUAGAGAAAACCUGAAGCAGAACUUCAAGCAGAACCUGGACUGCUAUAAAAACCUAUUCCAGGAUUUCAUUGACGCUGCUGAGUGGGAGGACAUCAUCAACGAGUGCGACCCCCUGUUCAUCCCUCCUGAAGGCGUCCCCCUCGGACUCCGUAACAUCCACAUAUUCGGCCUGGCCAACGUCCUCCACCGACCCAUCAUCCUGCUGGAUUCCAUGAGCGGGAUGAGGAGCUCUGGAGACUAUUCGGCUACCUUCCUGCCCGGACUUGUUCCUGAGGAGCAAUGCAAGGGGAAAGAUGGGAAGCUCAACAAGCCCAUAUGCAUCGCCUGGAGCAGCUCAGGCAGGAACCACUAUGUUCCUCUGGUGGGAAUCAAGAACACCGUUCUUCCCAAGCUGCCACCCCGUCUGCUGCCGAAGGCCUGGGGCGUCCCUCAGGAGCUCAUCAGGAAGUACAUCAAGCUGGAGUCAGAUGGGAGCUGUGUGAUCGGAGGCGACCGCAGCCUGCAGGAUAAAUAUCUGAUGAGGCUGGUGAACGCUAUGGAGGAGGUGUUCAUGGAGAAGCACAGCAUCCACCCGUCACUGGUGGCUGAUGUACACCAGUAUGUCUACAGGCGGACUGGAGUUAUCGGUGUCCAACCUGAGGAGGUGACAGAAGCAGCCAAGAAAUCUGUGAUGGAGAACCGUUUGCACCGCUGCCUGAUUUGUGGUGCGCUCUCUGAGCUCCACAUCCCGUCUGAGUGGCUGGUUCCUGGUGGAAAACUCUACAACCUGGCCAAGUCCACACACGGACAGCUGCGACCAGACAAGAACUACAGCUUCCCUCUUAACAACGUGGUCUGCUCCUACGACCCCCAGAGGGACGUCCUGGUCCCAGACUACAAACUCAGCUCCCUGAACACCUGCAACUGGUGUCACGGGACAUCAGUCCGGCACAUUCGCGGGAAUGGGUCGGUGGUUUACCUGGACGGGGACAGAACCAACACCCGGUCCCAGGGAGGGAAGUGUGGCUGUGGCUUCAAACAUUACUGGGAGGGGAAGGAGUAUGACAACCUGCCUGAAGCCUUCCCCAUCACUCUGGAGUGGGGGGGCAGGGUGGUGCGGGAGACAGUGUACUGGUUCCAGUAUGAGACUGACCCAACACUGAACAGCAAUGUUUAUGAUGUAGCCAUGAAGCUGGUCACCAAGCACUUUCCAGGAGAGUUUGGCAGCGAGAUCCUGGUGCAGAAAGUGGUCAACACCAUUCUGCACCACACGGCCAAGAAGAACCCGGAUGAGUACAACCCGGUUUCAAUCGACGGCGCUCACGUCCAGCGCCACAGCGACGUCCAGGAGACUCAGCCGGCAGCAGACCCACAGCUGCCCACCAAGAUCAUCCUGACCGGUCAGAAAACAAAGACGCUCCACAAGGAGGAGCUGACGAUGAGCCGGGCGGAGCGCAGCAUCCAGCAGAGCAUCAGUGAGCAGGCCCUCGUCACUCAGAAGAGACGGACUGAUAAACUGAAGCACGAACAGAAAGGUCCUGGACGGACAUCUUCCCCCGGUGGCUCUCCAGAAACCUCCUCCUCCUCAGCUCCAGCCACCCCCACUAAAACCUCCUCCCCCUCCUCCUCCAAGGAGAAGAAGAUCCGGGUGACCACCAAUGACGGCAGACAGGCCAUGCUCACCCUGCCGGCCUACACCACCUUCUCAGACCUGCAGAGGAGCAUCUCCAACCAGUUUGACGUGCCACCAUUGCAGCAGUGCAUUCGCUACGGGUUCCCUCCCAAAGAACUGGUCCCUCCCAAAGACGGUGAGGAGAACGAGCCGGUGGCCCUGCAGCACGGCGACAGGGUGACAGUGGAGAUACUGAGGGGCCCUGAGGACAAGGGCCCCGGGGCCUCCAUAACCAGGGCGUCCAGCUCACACUCUGCCCUGCACUCAGUGAAGAACGACGACUCCGUGACCUCCAGCAGAAUGAGCAGCCGGGAAAUCCAGGAGAGCAUAGACCUGGAGAUGUCCUCUCUCUGUCUCCUAGCAACCCUGAUGGGCGAGGACGUUUGGUCGUACGCAAAGAAGCUGCCGCACUUAUUCCAGCAGGGCGGCGUCUUCUACAAUAUCGUCAAGAAAGACAUGGGCCUCAUGGACGGGAAGCACUGCACACUGCCUCACCUGACGGGGAAAACCUUUGUUUAUAACGCUGCAGAGGAGCGCCUGGAGCUCUGCGUGGACGCUGCAGGUCACUUCCCCGUCGGUCCUGAUGUGGAGGAGCUGGUGAGGGAGGCCGUGGUGCAGCUCCGCUCAGAGGUGGCCUCUAGAGGCAGCAGAGAGGGGAGUCCAUCCCACGGUAUCCUGCGGCUGGGUAGCGGUGGGGUCGUACGGAAGAAGGAGCAGCUGCAGAGUGUCACCGCCUUCCAGGGUAAAGGUCACUCUCUGGGGAGCGCCGGGGGCUCCUCCCCUCCAGAACAUCGGCCUAUCACACGGCAGCAUAGUAGUGGUGUGGACCUGAGCUCCAGUGUUUCCAGAGGACCCCCGGACUUGUCGGACAUUCCAGAGGACACCACCAGAGAGCUGGUCCGCAUGGCCCCAGGCUUUGUCACCACGAAGGAUGGCCGUGCCCUCGACCCCAGCCUGAUGGAGCAGCAGCGUAGGAAGUUGCAGGAGAUGGUCUCCUCCAUCCAGGCCUCAAUGGACCGCCAUCUGAAGGAGCAGCAAAGAGCAGCUGUGGGCGUGGCCAGUCAGGAGCGAACUGGUGGGACUAAAACGGGCUCUGGCCAGCCUGCUUCCACAGCAGAUCACCAACCUGCUGCUGCAGCCGGAGCAGCUGUAGGGAGCAAACCUGAGGACAAGGUGGAGGAGCUGGAAGAGAUGGAGAGCCAGGACGCUGAGCAGAGCAAUGCCAGCGAACCCAUGGAUCACUCCUGAUUGUUCCUGAUCCGCAGCACCGCCUCGACCCCGCCUGACCGCCAUCUGUGGGUCUCAAUGCCUCAGGUCGGAUCCCAAAGCUUAGGUCUUCAUUACGUUGCGAUGUUUGUACUGCAUGACUGAAGAGCGAGCUGACCGCCCUGCUGCUGCUGAGAUAACAGCAAAUGGAGGUGACUUAUUGUGACAAUCUGUCUGCGAUACAUCGUUCUUCUGUCUCAGCCCUGUUUGUGUGUUUCCUCUGCUAACACUCAUCUCAGAUGCAGGAAAUAAAUCCAGAAAUAAAUGGAUUUAUUUGCUUCUUUAGAAAGAGUUUUUUCUUCAGUUGAUGAUGUAUCGUAGAAAACAGCCUUCCAGUCUGUCCCAGUCGUCUGUAAGGUGACAGGGUCGCAUCUUCAGCCUUCUAAAUCUGCAGACCAGCAGCAACUUUACACCCUGCAUAAUUACUUCCAUACAUGCGUGUUCUCUGACAAGCCCACCUGCCUCUAUACCCAUCGGCCUUCAUCACCAACAUUUGCUUUUUUCCCACCGUCUGUCUGAGGAAUGCUGGGGGAACGUUUGAUCCACCGACUCAACUGUUUGACUCCUGUUUGGACUUGAGAUUCUGCCGUUCAGCUCUUUCAACAACAUGGACAUGAACGCCUAAAAUCACCAGGCUGGAAGCAGUAACUGCAGAACUUUAGUAAACGUACACCUCAAAGUGAGCUUCAGAUGUCUGCUGAACUUGGUGGGUGCUCUGCUCAGACGUUACAGAUACAGGCGAGUGACAAAUUAAAGGAAAAUACUAACCGAAAGGGAAUUUAAAAAGCUUAAGUGCAUCUCAUCAGUGAUCCAGAAUGUUUCUGGAAUCUGGGAAUCCCGUCUCAUCUGAGUUGAGCUCGUUAAAGUUGCAAGUUGAAAACUAAUGGGAUUUGCUAUUGGUUGUGCUGCUGCUGUUAGCAAUACUAGCUGAAGCAUUCAAACACUAAAGGAACACAGAUAUUGUACAGGAGUAUGUGUGCCACUUAGUAAAAACAAGGGAAAAACAUAAAGUGUUAAUAAAUAGUUUAUACCUACAACUUUAACUACGUUUUAUAUGCAAAGAGGCCAUAUUGGAUCCAGACCCUGCGGCUACGCUGCAACCUCUGACUUUUCCAGGUGAAAUUCAGAUUUUUAAGGGACAUUCUAAUGGUUUUUCUUCUGGGUGCUAGCAGAACGUACCACAAAUCAUGCUCUUUAGUCCACGUUUUCUCCUAUUUGUUCAGCUGGGUUUGAUCUGUGGCUUAAUUUUUAAGUAAGUGUUCCUAAAACUUGGUCUGAAAGAGGUCUACACUAAAGGUUCGGACCUGAAAGCUAAAUCUGAUUAGAACAAAUAUUGGUGUGCGGAGAACAGGACAUUUCCACACUGUUAUCUAGUGAACUCUGAGUGAUGGACCGUAUCAGUCUCAUAGUGUGGGUUAAAAGGUCAGUCUCGACAUGUGUAUUUGACCUAUGACCUGGGAAGUUCCUUAAAAGCAGCUGAUUUAAUAUUAGAAAUAAACAAGUCAGCUUCAUGAGUAAUCUGGAGGAGUCAACUCAACAGAUCUGUCCUAUUUUACCACAAUGGAAACCCAACCCACCAGAGACGUUUAGACAUAUAUUAGCCAGUAAAUGGUGCAAGCAUCCACCCAGAGAUUCUAACCUGAACUCAUGACGACCUUCAUGCAGGUCCAAAUUCAGCUACGACCUCAAUGAGCUCUGUACGUCCUGUUAAACACUCUAAAGGCUUCAUUAUCCUGGAAGUUUCAGCAUUUCUCUGUUUCCUUUAAUUCAUCACUCGACUGUUGAAUGUUAAAAACAGUGAUUUGCCAAAGAGAGAAACGUUUUCUUAAUGACCUCAGCAAGAGGCGGUGAGGUCAGUUUGUCUGAAGAAGUUCUGGUUUGUUUAGGAAACCGAUUUGAAUGAAGGAGCAGGUCCAUGAUGCAGACUCUGGACCUGGAGGUCAAUAUGAACCUGCAACCUUUAGUUUGUUUUUCUUCCUUUCUGAAUGUCCGUAAACACAUGGUUAUGUAUUUUAUAAUUCAACCACCACAUCUCCAAAAAGGCAGGACUAACACCUGUUUGAGAGCCGAAGCUCUUGUUGCCAAAACCAGAAAUCCUCAGAAAAAACAGCCAGAAGGAAAACCGGAUGAGCAGCGACAGGGGAAACGGCUCCCCCUUGUGGAGAAGAAAUCUCAAUGCAAUUUCUCUUUUCAGAAGAUAUCUGAUAGUAAAUAAAUGUCAAAUAAAUCAGAUUUAGUCCCAACAGCUGUCUGGAGAUUGAAACAUGACAACAAAAACACAUUUCCUAAUAAGAUGUGAUUUUUUCUUUUGUGGAGGUGAUUAUUUUGCAUUAUUUUUAAGACUCUUGUUAAAACAUUAACUGGAUUUUGUUUCCUGGGUUCUUCAACCUGCGGUCACUGAAUGCUCUAAUAGAGCUGCCCUCCAUCCUGACCUUCAGCUGACCUUCUGUUUCACCUCCUGUUAAAACGGCAACCAAAGAAACACAAGGUUAAACUUGUUCUUCUGUCAUCUACCAACAUUUUCACCAAACUACCAAAAGGCUUUGUUCUCACAUUAAUUAGUAAAAAAAAUAAUGAUGUUAUUUAAAGCUACACUGAAAACAUAAAACAUUUAAUCUCAGUUAAAUUUUUCUGUGUGAAACUCAGUUUCUCUGUUCUGCCUUUAAAAAAAUUCAGCUUCAAAGUGUUUGAUUCUGAACCUCUGCGUCAUUUCAGAACCUCAAGCAUCAGUCGAACAAACACGACCUGGCGACAGAUCAGAUUGAACCUUUUCUCAUACAGAACCUGGGCUCAGGUUUUAGGAAAGUGGUGGAUCUGAAUACUGCUUCAGCAUCCGAACACACCGCCACCAAAGGUCCGAAGGAUUGGUGCUGUUAGAGCUCCCAGGUUGUUCUAAAAUAAAAAAAUCAGUUUCUGGUUUGGCUCUAAAAUAUUUGCAGUCGCCUCACUUCUUUCUUAUUUCUGCUCGACUCAUAAAAUGUUUCGAGUUCAGUUUAGUUUUUGCGCAAAGAAUGUUUCUCUGCACCUGAAAAUGAAAAGAAAUGAAAUGAGCUGCUCAACUUUUUACAGGUUCAACAAUUCAACAGUCGCUUUGUUUCUCAUUUCGCUUUUAUUGCUUGAAGAAACUUGAAUUUUAUUUUCCUAAAUUCAUCAAACCCAGUAAAACAGCGAGUUUCUGCUUUAUUCUCCAGAUUCAAAGCUCUCUGACACUCAUGUUUUUAUUAUGAGGAGAUUGUUACGGCAGCCAGAACCUGCUGGACCGAGCUGAUCUGGGUUGCUCAGACAUUCCUGUUUUUUUCACACAAAGUUAAUCUUUUAAAGAGGAUCAUUUUUGGACCUUUUCCUCCUUGGAAAGGGAAGGUUUUGCUGUCCAUCAGCAGCACAACCUUGGACAUCUCCAUCGACAUCUUCUGACAAUGAUCUGGAUCUGUUGAAAUAUUGAUCUGGCCGUAGAUGUUUGACUUGAUCUGCUUCAUCUUAUGGUUUUGCGCGCGAAGAAGCAUUUAUUUCAGCUAGGACGAUCAGAUUUAAGGUGUCACUAUUUAAACUUCUGGUUUUUGGUAGAAACUUUGAGAACAUCACAGUUCAGUUUUCUGCUCUCCUGUUUGAAGUGAAGAAAUGUAAAACUUGGCACUUUGACGUUAAAGAGGUGCAGCGUGGUCACAUGAGCUGAAUCUGGCGUUUCGGGUCAGACCGCUCUGCUUUAACCGACUCAUGGCUCCUCUGAGGGACUGCUGUAAUCCUGCUGUAUUCUAGUACAUAUUGUAGAAUAUUUGAACCUGUACAGAAACGGCUCCGUUUCUCCUUCAGUUUGUUCUGUUGAAACUUCUCUCUAGUUGCUAAUAAAUAAGUUAAUAAUAAAAUGCUGACUCUGCUUCAACGUCGCUGUUUGCAUGUGUGACAACUUCUCAGCACUUCCAAUAAAAUCACUUCCUCCA